AUGUAUCCGAGAAAUAAUGCAAUUAUAAGCAAUGGAUGGGCAAAUGUUGAAAAUGGAACUUACAAUCUGCAAGAUUUCUUAAGAAAUGUUUCAUAUACCAGUGAACAAAUCUUAAGAAACGAGAUUGGUGAACCGGAUUUUCAACCCAUACUUGCUAUUCAAGGGUUAAAUGCUAUACCUCCAGGACAAUUACCACAGAGGCCCCCUCAACUGUUAUUGAGACCGAUGCCAGCACCACCAUUAAUACGACCGGCCGUACAACCACCAAUAGCUGAAGUGGUACCGGUGGCUAUACAACCAGCAGAGGCGGUACAACUACCGAUGGUUGAAGUACCUGCAAUAGCUGUACAAAAUGUUAGAAACCAGAGGGGUGUGCGUAGAAGAGGAAAUCGUGGUAAUCGUGUACAAGGCAACGGUAGAGGACGUUUGAAUGCGAGAGUGGGAUGGGCAGAAUUUUUUGCAAAUGUUGAAGACGAACUAGAACCACGACUUCCCCCGCCUGUGCGGAAUCAACAUCCGAUUCCUGCCAAUGAAAUGAUUUUAGAAGUAUGCAUUAUUUGUUAUGAAGAAGUGGUAACAGUCACUAUAGUGCCAUGUCGCCACACAUUUUGCAAUACUUGCAUUACACGUUUGAUACAGAAUGGGUUUAAUACAUGUCCAUUAUGUAGAGGCAAUAUUGAAGUGUACGAGGGAUAUGUAUGA